GUGGUUCUGGAAUUCAUCAGUCACAUCACCGAUUUUCGCAAAGUUAGCUCACCUCCCACAAGAGAUCAAACCAUCCAGCACCAUGAAAUUCAUCGUUGCAUUCGCUGCUCUGAUUGCCCUGGCUUUGGCCGCCCCUCCAGCUUCGGUCGAUGAAAAGAACGCCCAGGUCCUGAAGUACGACAGCGAUGUUGCCGCCGAUGGAUACAGCUUCCAGUUCGAUACCAGCAACGGAAUCCAGCACCAAGAGAAGGCCGAGCUGAAGAAGUUCUCCGAUGACGUUGCCGCUCUGGUUGUCCGUGGAGCUUUCUCCUACACCGGCGCUGACGGUCAGACCUACUCCGUGAACUACGUCGCCGAUGAGAACGGAUUCCAGCCAGAAGCCGCCCAUCUGCCCAAGGCCUAAGGAUGCAACGAGUUGUCACCACAAGUGCAUUGACCCUGUAAAUUUAUGUAGAUAGAAAUCCAGCCUCACGAAAAGUGUACAGAAUUGUUUCGUAAACCGUUUGAAUAAAUUGUAACGAUGUCAUCUGAA